UCGAAGGAUUUCCUGCGAUUCACUCCAUUUAAGGAAAUAAAAGUGGCGAAAUUUGCUUCAUCUUCAAGCGUGCCUCCAUGGCUCAAUCAGUUUUCCAAACAAUUUCUUUCUCUAGUCAACAUUUCUAUUGAAUUGGGAGGAACCCUGUUUCCUCCCUUCUGUCAUUUCUCAUGGAUUCGAAAACCUCUUGGGACUCCUUGCGAAAACAGGCAAGGAAGCUUGAAGCACAGUUGGAUGAGCAAAUGCAUUUGUUCCGCAAAUUAGUUUAUACAAAAGUUGAUAAUGAUAAGGAGAACGAUCUGGGGUCAGGAAUAGAACAACUACUCAAAGAGCUGGAUCAAGUAAUUUCGCUAAUGCAAGCUUGGCUUUCAUCUGGAGGACCACAAAUAUUUUCUCAUACAUUGACACGACAUCGAGAAAUUCAUUAUGAUCUUACUCAGGAGUUCAAUCGGCUACGAUCUAGCCUUAGAGCGAAGAGAGACCAUGCGUCACUACUUGAAGACUUCCAGGAGUUUGAGAGAUCAAGAUCACAACUAGAAGACGAUGGUGGGUCUCAAGAGCAGUCUCUCCUUGAGGAGCGUGGUACUCUCAUGAGAAGUACAGGGAAGAUCGAUGGUGUUAGAGCCGAAGCACAAGAGACCCUAGGCACACUUGUGUUUCAACGCUCAACAUUUGGAGGCAUCAAUUCUAAGAUUAGCAACAUAAACAAUCGCCUCCCAACAGUAAGUGAACAACAUUCUCUCGGUGAUAAGGAAGAAGAAAUCCAUGGACACGGUCGUUCUUUCGAUGGUUGCCUCGACGAUGCCUUUUUUGUAACCGGGUGGACAUAGGGGCCGAUUCAUUUGCAAACUGAUUUUAGGUUGUGAACCAAGGGUCAAAGGAGAGCGUGACGCGUGUCCCAUACGUUCACUGGUUGUUCAUCAUAAAUAAUGUAUCAUUCAUCAUGAAUGGUGUAUCUAUUUAUCAUGGAUCAUUAAUGGUGUAUUAUUUAUCAUGAAUACUUCACAAAU